AUGGACUCAUGUGCUACUUGCCGAAACCUGGAGCCUCUACCGGGCUUAUCUGGUGGUUUCAUCACUGGGGGUACGGGUUACGACUUACAGAACUCCGCACCUACUUGCGAGCUCUGUUCGAUUCUCUGGGAAGGCCUGGGAGCGUUUUGCUUAGACAGUCCCGGAACAGUCCAAUGGAUGGCACUUCUUCAAGCAGAAGACUCGUUUCGCCUUAAUUAUAAGUAUAAAGAGUCUCCGGUCGAAAAAGAAUGGAUAGGACUCCAUUUCUACACGAAAGACUCACGAGAUCCGCUGUCCAACAUUUUCUUGCCUAGCAACGAUCUUGAACCGGACACGUCAAGUGAGAAAUACAUCUCACAGAUGAAAGACUGGGUUAACGCUUGCGAUAAUGGGCAUGAUACCUGCAAGAGGAAUUUGAGCAACAACUAUCUUCCAACAAGGGUACUGGAUGUUUCGCGCGAGCCGUACCAAAUUUUCCUACACGAGCCAGGCAAAAGUGAUCGAGGCCCCUAUAUAGCACUGAGCCACUGCUGGGGAGGCGUAGUUCCUAUUAUGACAAGGACGGAGACUCUCGGAAAAUUCAAAAAGGGGAUCCCAAUUGAGUCAUUCCCCAAAACAUUCCAGGACGCAAUAUUCAUCACGCGUCAGCUACAGUGUCGUUACCUCUGGAUCGACUCUUUGUGUAUUGUCCAAGACAGUGCCGAAGAUUGGAGGGAUGAAGCAUCACGCAUGGCGAAUGUAUACGGAAAUGCCUACAUCACUAUUUUGGCUACUGCAUCCCUCGAUAGUCGCGGUGGUUUAUUCCAUCAGCACGACCCGCUAGAUGCCAAACAUGUAAUCAAGCGUACCACCGAAAAAGGAGAGGCCAUAAUAGUGGAAGUACGCCCGGCUCUGGAACAUGAGCCGUAUUUCGCUAGUAGUCCCUACGGCCUAGAAUCCUCGGUGCAAGCCCCUUUGCUUGAGAGGUCCUGGUGUUACCAAGAAUAUCUUCUAGCACCCCGCGUCUUGUCAUUCACUCAAUGGGAGAUGCUCUGGUUAUGCCUCACCAAAAGGUUGUGUAACUGCGGCGAGUAUAACGAGAGCACACGUGAAAUUGUCGCCUCGAGUGACAUCAAGGCUAGGUUUGACGAGCAGCUCCGUGGCACUUCUUCCCCAGACAAAUUGUAUCGACUCUGGCAAGAUAUCGUUGAACCAUAUCUACAAAAGGGGUUAACCUACGACGGGGACAGACUUCCUGCCUUGGCCGGAAUCGCACACCUUUUCUCUGAAAGGGGACUUGGCCGAUAUGUGAAUGGUCUUUGGGAGCCAACCCUUGUUCCUGAUCUAUUCUGGUCAAUCAAUUCGGCAUUCGGAGAUUACCAUGGCAUCGUUGCAAAACGUAGCACAGACCAAGCGAUACCGUCGUGGUCGUGGGCGGCCGUGUCUGGCUCAUUCUACUAUCCCCCAUUCACACGUGUGUUUAAGGGUAUCGAGGUCCUUGAUAUCUCGUACGAGCCCAUGAUAUCAAACCCGCUGGCAGAAAUCUGCGCCAAGGCUAUUACUAUACGUGGCAACUUAGUCCAGGUUCUUGCAUGGGGCGGAGAGGAAAAUGCAGCCCACCACCGACGGAGGUGUCGAGUCCCGGGGAUGCGAGAGGCGAAGGAGCACUACUGGCACGUAGAUGUUGCGCCAGAAGUUUCUUGCAGCGCCGAUAAUCCUAUGGACGCUUACAUCUUUGGCGGUAGAGCGGGUCCGGCAUUGGUUCUUCACCGUGUCGAAGGAACAGCAUCCACCUAUCGACGACUAGGGACGAUAGAAGAAUGGAGUAAGCCGGAUGAGUCUUAUCCUCAAACGAUUCGAUUGGUAUGAUGCAGGACUUGCAAUGAAAUGGGCAAUUUCGCCGUUUAUAUAUGGAACUAUGUAAGUCUGGGGACAAUGCUUCUCAGGUAACAGAUUUCAGGGAUGGAACCCGAGAGUUCAGAAUUGUUUGAUAUAAGAUAAUGAUAGCAUUAUAAUUAAAUAAAUAGCUCCACUCUGUACAAUUUCUCGUAAAGGCCUACCGUAGGGACAAGAUCA